AUGAGACUAGCUUCCCUGGUCUCUUUGCGCUUGGAAACGGCAACAAGAAACGUGCGUCUUGAGUCAGCUGCCAAUGUUGCGAGAGCAAUUGAGUUAUUGGAGAAACUUCAAGAAUCUGGAGAGGUACCAGUUCAAAAGCUACAGUCCCUCAAAAAGGUUCUGCAGAGUGAGUUUUGCACAGCUAUUCGCGAGGUAUAUCAAUAUAUGCAUGAAACCAUAGCGGUGAACGGGUGCCCGGAGUUCCGUGCCAGGGCCACUGCCAAGGCAACUGUGGCAGCUUUUGCAGCUAGUGAAGGUCAUUCCCAUCCUCGAGUAGUGGAGCUACCAAAGACUGAUGAGGGCCUUGGCUUUAAUGUGAUGGGAGGAAAGGAGCAAAAUUCCCCCAUUUAUAUCUCUCGCAUCAUUCCCGGAGGGGUGGCCGAAAGACACGGAGGCCUCAAAAGGGGAGACCAGCUGCUGUCAGUGAAUGGAGUGAGUGUGGAAGGGGAACACCAUGAGAAGGCAGUUGAACUACUCAAGGCAGCUAAGGAGAGUGUCAAGCUGGUGGUCCGCUACACACCCAAAGUGCUAGAAGAGAUGGAGGCCCGCUUUGAGAAGCUCCGGACUGCCAGGCGCCGGCAGCAACAGCAGCUUUUGAUUCAGCAACAGCAGCAACAGCAACAGCAACAGCAGACACAGCAAAACCACAUGUCCUAGGUCAUUGAGGAGAAAAUACUGGAUCCAGUGGUCUGGUCGUCAUGUCUAGUUGGAGCUGAACUUCAGGGUUACAGCA